UUAAUAAAACUAUUAUUGGAGGUGGUGAAAGUGAGAGUGAGAGUGAAAGUGAAAGUGGUUAGUGCCGCUAAUGCAGCCACGCAACUCAUAUUCUAUUCAUAUAUUCAAUUCAAAGUUCCAACCUUUUUGGGAUCAUCAUAGGGUUUGCGUGCAAACACAUAAUCACCCUUUUCUUUCUCUUCCUUGAUUUGGUUUUUGGUGGGGGCAUUGUAUUAUUCCAGGAACAACCGCCUCAACAAAUGGUAGGUUUCAUUUUGGGGUUUAAGAAUGAAUAGCAACCAUUUUGGGGUUUAAGAGAAAGAGAAAUAUGAAAGGGGUUGAAAGAAAAAGCCGAGUUGAGCAAUUCUCACCUCAGUAUUAUGGGAUUUGUGCUCUUGGUGGAAUGAUCAGUGCUGGUUCUACCCAUUUCGCUAGCACACCUCUUGACUGCUUGAAAGUUCAUAUGCAUGUGAAUCCAGUCAAGUAUAAUGGGUUUGGUUCAGGGCUAUCUACUCUCUAUAGAGAACAAGGCCCUUUUUCCCUUUGGAGGGGUUGGUCUGGAAAGUUAUGUGGAUAUGGUCUUCAGGGUGGUGCCAAAUAUGGUUUUUAUGAGUACUUUAAGAAUACUUACUCAGAUGUAUUGGGAGAUAGUAACAAGAGUUUCAUAUACUUUAUCAGCAGUAUAUCAGCUCAAGUAAUUGCAGAUAUGGCUCUUUGUCCAUUUGAAGCUGUCAAAGUCAGAGUUCAAACACAGCCUAGUUUUGCAAAGGGCAUGUUAGAUGGGUUUCCAAAAUUUUAUGCAACUGAAGGCUUUACAGGCUUUUACAGGGGACUUCUUCCACUUUGGGGUCGAAAUAUUCCAUUUUCCAUGAUCAUGUUCACAACAUUUGAGCAUUCAGUGGACUUCAUAUACCGUAAUAUAAUUCAAAAUAAGAAAGAAAAUUGCUCAAGAUCCCAACAACUUAGUGUGUCAUGUAUAGCGGGUUUCACUGCUUCAACUGCUGGUGCCGUCGUCUCUAAUCCUGCUGACAUUAUUGUAUCCUCCCUUUAUAAAAAAAAUGCUGGAACUAUUAUGCAGGCUGUAAGGAAUACUGGGAUUGUAAAUUUGCUUACUAGAAGUCUUCCUGUUCGAAUGACGAUUAUCGGCCCUCUUGUUACUACGCAGUGGUUCUUGUAUGACAGCAUUAAAUUGAUGAUUGGAUUGCCUACAAGUGGAGGACUCAACAAGCGCCUCGAAGAGGGUAACUAAUCGUCGGAUAAAAACCAGUGAAAUUUCGGAACUUAGGUAUUCUUUUAUUGAUUCUAAAGUAUUAUAUAUAGAUACAAAAACACAAGUAAAUAAUUUGGUACUAAUAUUGGUGGCAUAAUGGUCACCUGUCUCAGAUUUUUUUACCCCCUAACUCCCAUGGCUGUUGGCACUACACACUACCAACUACCCAAAAUUGGUUAGACAUUAUAGAGAUAUAAUAAAGAGAGAGUUAUAUGAUGCAUUGUCUUUAGGGGCACAUGUGGUGUUGGUCAUGAAUACUAAACUAAACACUAUUACAUGCAUUGUAUUUGUAUCAUUUUGUUUUUAUUGGUCAUUUGAAUUGUAAUAGCAAAUAAUUGGAAUGUAAAAGGAUAUUGUACACUUAAGUAACACUAUUUUCUACAUUACAAUCAUUAUAUGAUUUGAAAAGAGCUACUUUUUCUCUUGAGCAAUUGAAAAGAGUUACUUUUGGUA